ACAGCAUGAGCUUGUGCUCUUCAGAAUACUGCGACAGCAAACCGGUCUUACUACAAGUUAGAAUAACCAGACAACCAAAGACAAAACAAGCAAGAUGAAGGUACCACUGGCAAAUCUGCUAUGCAUCACAGUCUUGGCAAGCUCUGGGUCAAGCUUCCCGAUGGAGAGGAGAGGAGCUGCUGCUGGAAAAGAGAAGAGAGUUCAGUAUGCAGCAUGGGAUGAUGUUAAUGUGCUUGCACAUGGGUUGCUGCAGCUAGGUCAGGGUCUUAAAGAACAUGUGGACAAGACCAAAGGCCAGGUGAGAGACAUCACCAUUAAGAUGAAGGUGUUCAACGUCACCGUAUCCGAGCUUGGCAAGCUGACUCAGCGGCUUCAAGAAGACAGCAUGGCGCUGAAAGCAAAAGCCCAGAGUUUGGAAGAAAGUGAGAGGCUGGUCCUAAACGUGUCCACGGACCUGCGGGAGAAGACUAAAGAGCUGCUCAAAGACAGGCAGAAGGACCACGAGAGAAUGAAUAAGCUGGAAGAAAAAGUAGAUGGCUUGAUGCAAGGAGAGGGUUUGGAAGUUCCCAACGGCAACUACAGUGAUGCCCGGGUCAUUCAGUGGAUGCUGGAGGCGCAAAAUAAACGCAUUGAUGACCUAGUCGAGCGCAUCAAGCAACAGCAAGAAAAAAUGGAUAAACAAAAUGUUCGAAUUCGAACUCUCCAAAACCAGAUUCAAAUGAAAAACGAACAAUCUUCUCUCAAACUGAAGGAGGAUGAAGUUCAUCUGAACGCGAGCUCUGAACAGCGAGAUUCCCCUGUUGCUAUGGCUUCUGACUGUCAUGAGCUGUUCCUGAGGGGUGAGACCUCUAGCGGGCUGUACACCAUCCAACCAACUGACUCCCCGCCUUUUGAGGUCUUCUGCGAAAUGACACCCGAAGGAGGAUGGACGGUCAUCCAGAGACGCCAGGAUGGAUCUGUAGACUUCGAUCAACUGUGGCAGGCAUAUCAAGCUGGCUUUGGGAGCCUCAAUGGUGAGUUCUGGCUUGGCCUGGAGAAGAUUCAUUCUGUGUCCAAAAGUGGCAACUACAUCCUCAAAGUUCAGUUUUCUGAUUGGCGGGAUGAGAUUCAGAGCAUCAACUACCCUUUCCAUCUGAACGGUGAGGAGAGCAACUAUUCCUUGCGCAUUCUGGAGAGGCAUGCUGGGAACCUGGAGAGCUCUCUGUCCACCGAAACCUCCGGAGUGCCCUUCUCCACCCGCGACAAAGACAACGACCAGAAAAAUGACCUCAACUGUGCCAAACAGCUAUCAGGUGGUUGGUGGUUUAGCAACUGUGGUCGCUCAAACCUAAACGGCAGGUAUUUUGUUACUCCUGCGCCAAAGCAAAGGCACCAGAGAAAACAAGGAGUGUUCUGGAAAACCUGGCGUGGCCGCUACUACCCUCUGAAAACCACCACCAUGAUGAUUGCGCCCGUCGAGAUCGAGAACAAGUCAUAGAGGAUGUCCGCUGUCUGAAUCAAUCACGCACGAGACCUUAACCAAUGACGUGGGAGGAGAAACCACCAUUCGUAACCUGCCAAAAUAACAUACUGGUGCUGAAAAGGUCUAAAGCACUCUUAGGAGUGUCUUGUUAUAACAGACGAUGUCUGAAUCAUGCAUGUGGUGGACACUCAAAUCCCAAUCCGUGCAAAAAUAGGCUCUUUUAUUUAAUCAGACUGGAAAGAAUUAAAUGUGCCUGGAACUCUGCAAGCAGCAGCAUGUGUUAUAUGGUGCAGGCCACUGUAAGGAUCUGCUACAUGUUUAGACAAAUCUGGCAGGGUGACGUCACAAGACCUGAUGGUUAGGCACCAUUGCAAGUGCUUCCCCUAACUAAAAGGCUUGGGGAAGAAAUUAAAUAACCUUACCACUAAAAUACGGACCAAAUAAGCUACUUAAGCUUGAGCCAGUACCUUUAAGAUCGCUUAUUGUAAAGGCACUAUUUAUCUUAAGGCAUUAUCCACAGACAAAGACAUGCAUUAGUAGAUCUGCAGAACAUUGAAAGAUUUGUUGCACAUCAACUUAUUUCCAGUAUCCAAACGUGGAAGUUAUUUCCUGGUACACACGCUGUCUUUCAAAAGCUUAAAUGAUCUGAGGCUACUUGUGUAUUUUCCUGUUUUGAAAUCAAAUGAGGAGUUCCUGUGGAGAUUUAUUUUCUCAGUCACAUUGACUGCUUUUAAAUGUCUCGAGCUGUCACUUUUCUGUAAAUAUUUUUUUUUUCAUAGCAUUACAGCUGUAUUCUUGCCAAUUUCUAAACGGGCAUGCUCUGAUUUCCAUAAUAUUUAA